AUGGAGUAGUAGAUUUACGAAUUUGAAACAACAAUUAAAUCUAUAAAAAAGAGCGAAAAGAAGAAUUAUGUAGAUAUAUUGGUUAGGUAUGAAAUAAAGAAUACAGAUCUAGAAAUCGAUGAUUAUAUAUCAGUAAAUUGUAUUGCAAAUCCAUAAAUGAUAACCUUCUUAAAUGAUAUUAAUAAUAUAAAUGAUUCAGAUGUUAAAAAUGCUAAAAAAAAAAAAAAUUUAAUAGUAAGCAUCCUCAACUAUGAUAUUUAAAAUAGCUAGAAAACAUAUUUUGAGGAUAUUAUUAAUCAUGCAAAGAGCUAAUAGCCUAAUAAAAGAAUUUAAUUUAUCAUUUCCUUUUUAGAUUUUAUAAAGCUUAACAUAAAAAACCAUGUUUUCAACUUAUCAAGGCAAUCAAAAAAUUUACCUGAUCCUCAUUACAUAUAUUAGACUGAUAAAAAAUUAGAAGAAGCUAAAGCAUAACUGAAUAAAAUCUAAGUAUUCAUUAAUGAAAUGAAAAUUGAUCCUUCUAUCCCUAAAGUCUACUUUUACUUUUUAGAAACUCCUGUUAGUGUUAACUAAAAAAAAAUGAUAAAAAUACGUAUAAGUGAUUAAAAUACCAAGGAAGCAUAAGAUGUAAAUUAUCCUAAGACAUUUUAAUGCUACAUGUUGGGAAGCUUAGAAAUACCAAAUAGGAUAUAAUUAGAUGCAUAAAAUAAUAAGGAUUUUGAAGAUAUGCUGCUAGAGUUGCUUCCAAAGCAUACUAUUUUCGUUGUUACUGGAGAAUCAAAAAUAUUGGAUAAAGAUGAUAUCAUAGGAGGAUUUUACAGAUUGAGCUCAGAAUUUUUAGAAGGUUUUAAGAUGAUUGCUCAAUAUGUUGCUACUGGAAGUCUAACUUGA